GGCUCGCGCACCAUCGUCCACAGCAUCACACUCGCGCUCUUCUGAGUGCCCCUCCCUUUCCAGUAUGCGACUGCCUCCCUCUGGAUCAUACAUCUGCUGGAGAUGCAUCUCGAGAGGUGCCCAGUCGGUAGUGCCCUCCAAUAGGGCGGCUGGGCUGGCCAGAAGUAGCCUUCGAGGCAAUUCUAUCCGCGGCCACAACCUCUCUCUAAUCGACCGAAGGACCUUUGCGACCGUGCAAGAAUCUCCCAAUACGAGCUCUAAAGAUGACUUUGUUCCAAAUAUCCGACAGCGCUUGCGGCAAUGGGAAGCCGAGAACCAGGUACCAGAGGCCACGCCCCUAUCUAAAGACAGCCUUGUCCCAGGGAAAGCGCGCAAUCUGUCCGUUAGGGCGCGCCCUCUGGGCGAGAUAGAGCCGGAAGAAGGGGAACCAACAGCCCUGGACGAGGCGCUCCCCGACAGUGAUGGCCUCUUUGAUCUUCUCCCUCCACCGUCCAGAUUCAGAGCCGGCGACUUGAUCGAGCUGCAGGACGAUGGCGAUGUUGUUCCCUUGUUGGGCGUCUGUCUUGGGAAUUUCCACGGGAUUUACCACUUCUACACGACGUCUGGAAAGUGGUUUCCCACACCCACAGUGACAUCCCACUUCGUUGUCAGGAAUUUCGUCGAUGAUGAAGCGCUCCAGCCCGUCAUUGAUAAGCUGCCUAAAGAGGCUUUGCCCUUAGAGACGCUACGGGCAAUGAAAGAUCUCAAGAUGGGCCCGGACCGUGCAUCUGGUGCCGCGCUCCUGCGCACCAUGAACAUCUUUCAACAGAAAAUGCAAGUCGCUCUGCAACAACACGCCACCCAAUUUCAGAACGCCCACGAGAUCUUGGCCAGUGAAAAGGACAGCUAUCUUACUCUGGAGCAGAUCGCCAGCCGGUUGACCAAGCGGAAAGGUUGGAGGGAGGGCAAGGACUUUCAGCAGCACAUCUUGUAUGCUGUCCACCGCACUCUCAUGGCCGACAGCGUUGGAUUUCGACUGGUCGGUUCUCUAGGCUCUACCAAGACGACGGUGUACGCCAUCACACCGCCUGAGGAUUUUGCGUUGGUACACAACAUGCAGACAUUGGUCAGACUCUUCACCGAUAUACCCAAAGAGGUUAAAAAGCCGCUUUCGUCUUUGGAUCACUCGAUCUUGAGCCAGAGCCAGCUAGGUCGCUUCAUUCUGAAAGCAAGGAAAGCUAUUGGCCAAAGCCGGCGGUACCGUGAUUGGACGCCCCAUGGGACACUUAGCCCUGCGAAGGAGCCCAGGCCCCCGGCCAGAGUGGAAUGGACAGAGGUCGAUUUGAGCAUAUUGCACUUCAUGAACUUAUGGGCUGGCUAUGGUCAGUUUUCGCUGUCCUCGAGCUUCCAAUCGAUAGGAUCCACAAUCCUGAGGGCUAUCGGUAAGUACCGAGACAGCGAGUACUUGUCUGCCAGCACUGGGUGGACAUUUUUGCAGGAGGUAGGGUACCUGAGCCCCUGGGAGAUUCACUCACGCUACACCAGUUGCGUCCCAGGAGUUGCGGUAUCCCGGGUGACAGGUUUCGAACGUCUGCAGCUGGGGCCAGACGGCAUCUCCGAUCAAUUGACCGUGGACCCUUUCAUGGGCAAGCGCAAGGAGUGGAAUGACCACCAAGUGUUUGCAAUUGACUCCAAAGACACAGUCGACGUUGACGAUGCCGUGUCCUUUGAGAAGACCGACAAUCCAGACGAGAAUUGGAUACACAUCCAUGUAGCAGAUCCUGCUUCUCGCAUUCAGCCCGAUUGUCCACUCGCAAGGCGCGCUCAGCUGUUGCCGCUAAAUUUGUACGUCUCGGGGCACCAGUCCAACAUCUGGGGUGUGGGUAAUGAGGUCCAGGAGCUGUUUUCUCUCGGCCCUGACAAGCCUUGUCUGACCUUCAGCGGCAAGGUGAAUAAUAAUGGAGACCUCCUGGAGUGUGUGAUUACCCCCGGUCGGCUCAAAGAUAUCAUUUGCAUCACCCCCGAAGAGGUCAACCGGGCUGUAGGAUGUGAAAACCCCCGACAGCCACCUGCAUGGGCAACAACGAAAAACUUCCGAGUGGGCCAGAAGCCCCCCGAGAAACCCGAGAACAGGAAGAUGGUGACCGCCUCCGAGCUUCAAAAGGAUGAGCUCGAAUCACUCAAGACGCUUCAUCGGCUCGCAAUGGCCAUUCAUAAAAGGCGUCUGGCUAGGGGCGCUGCGCCGGUCUUUGCAGCCCGCCCCGAGGCCAAGGCCUCAUUCGAUGGAACCUCCACUGAAGAAACACCGUCAGGUCUCCUGACCUGCAACGGCGAUCCAUCCAUCAGCAUCAGUUGGGGCAAUGGUGCCGAGGCGCCCUUGGUGACCAACACCAUGAUUUUAGCAGGAGAGAUAGCCGCGCGAUGGUGUGCGGACCGCAAGAUCCCCAUCCCCUUCGUCAAGCAGCCCGGGGCCGAGAAGAACCUGGAGCUCCUCAGGGCCUACACCGAGCGGGUGUACUACCCUCUGCUGCUCCGCGGCGAGGAUCCCAGCGUGGAGCAGUCCAGGCAGUACUUUGACCUCAUAGGGCCGGACGAGAUGUCCACGAAGCCGGGCCCGCACUUCAUCCUGGGCGUGGAGGCCUACGCCAAGGUGACGUCCCCCUUGCGGCGGUACUCGGACCUGGUUGCACACUGGCAGAUCGAGGCAGCGCUCCUGCAAGAGGGCAGGGAGGGGGAGGAGGAGACUAGCAACGACAAGGCGGCGGCGGCGGCGGCGCAGCAGCAGCAGAAACUCCCCUUUGACGACAAGAAGCUCACCUCGGAGGUGCUCCCCUGGAUGAUGCUCCGGCAGCGCAUCAUCCGGCGCCUGGGCAAUGUCGACGGCAACGACGCGUACCUGCACCAGGCGCUCUUCCGCGCGUGGAAGUACCCCUCGGAGCACGACUCUAAGCUGCCCGGCACCUUCCGGUUCACUGUGUGGAAGUCCGCCCAGGGAUGGAUCACAGGCGAGUUGGACUGGUUCGGGCUGCGCGCGCGCAUGGUCCCGGACGGCCUGGAAAGUAUGGGGGUAAAGACGGCUGACCUGAAGAGGGGCGAUGCGUUCGAGGUCAAGCUGCAGGACGUUAAUGUCCACCUGGGCGAGGUGCUUGUCGAGGCUGUGGCGAGGGCCAGCACCAAGGAAGCACGAUGAGGCAUGAUACCGACCGACCCCGGCACUUUUUUUUUUGUUUUUU